AAUAAAUUGUAAGUCUUAGAUUAUCCGGAAAAAGGGAAUAAAAACUGAAGCCGUGAACUGGGAAAAUUAACACUACAACUGCCGUAGGAAGGUCGAUAGGGAGAUAUUGUAAAUAUUUAUAAAAGUAAAUACUAUAUAUUCCGUGAUGAGAAUUAUAUCGCCUUUGCUGAAAUUAGGCUUGGGUGGUGGUACAAUUUAUUUGGCAAUGAAUCAAGGUUUGUUUAGUGAUGAUCAAAAGCAAUCUAUAGAAGCUUCAAAAAAAUACGCCAAAUCAGUGCCUGCUUUUGAUCCAUAUUUAGAAAAGAUUCCAAAAGUGAUGUCUAAAGAAGAACUAAUAAAUUAUUGGAACACAGGUGUGAAGAUAUCCAUUUCUGCUCUUGCAUCUUUACCUGAUAAUAGCAAAGAAGCAUUUAUUAAAGGAAUAAAUUAUUUGAAAGAAGAAAUUAAAAAUCAACUGAAAACCACUGGAAAUUAAUUAUACAGAUGUUUCAAAUCAUAGAGAAAAUAACUUUUGCACCUAUUUAUCAUUAUACUAACAUAUGAUGUCUGUGUGUUAAGAAUAAAACAUUUUUGUUGCAUAAAAUGUU